UCAGGCGAGAGUGGUGACGUCAGAAGCGUUGCGGGGCGCGUCUCAACGCGCAGGAACGACCGCAACCAUCAGCUUUACUAGUUUGUGUAGCUGCUGCUGUACGACCGCCAAUUUUGCUAGUUCCAAUCCGCUUUGACUUGUGCCGUCCAUUGUCUUUGCAAGUCAUUGAUCUGUUCACACUCACAAUGGCCGACCAGCCCAACACCAAGACGGAGAAGAACGCCUAUGUUACCCUCCUAACACGCCCCUCUUACCUCGCCGGCGCGAUACUCCUCGCAUACACGCUGCAGAAGCACUCACCAGAGACACCACUGAUCAUCACUUACACCCCCGACACCGUAGGCGAAGCCUCGAUCGCCGCCUUCAAAGCCGAAGCCAAACACUCCAACAUAAUCGUUCGACCCGUUGAACACCUGCGACUUCCAGAAGAUGGCACCAAGCACGGCAUGGUGGCAGAGCGCUUCAUCGACACCUGGACAAAGUUGCGCGUCUUCGAUCUUUAUGAUCUUGGUUUCGAGCGCCUGUGCUGGCUGGACGCAGACAUGAUGAUCUUCUCGAACCCAUCCCGUCUGAUAUUCAACGCCGAGAACGACGCAUACUUAGAGGGCGGGGACGGCAUGCGGAUAAUGGCCACACACGUGUGCGUCUGCAACCUAGACCACGACAGCUGGGCGCCGAAGGAGUGGGUGCCGGAGAACUGUGCAUUCACACACCUCACCAACUCCUCGCAAGUCCCUGACGUAACGAACGACCCCGAGACGUUCGGCCAAUUCAACUCUGGAACCUUUGUCUACCACCCCUCGAAAGCACUGAGCGACUUCGUCCUCGCCAAAUUCAACGAACUAGGCAACACCCGCCUGCGCGCCAUGAAGUUCCCGGACCAGGACUUCCUCAACGAAGCAUUCAACAGCCGUUGGAAGAGUCUGAGCUGGAGGACCAACGCGCUGAAGACGUGGCGGUACUGGCACCCGAACAUCUGGGUCGAUGACGAAGUCGGCGUUCUGCACUACAUCGUGGACAAGCCGUGGGCUGCGCGGGUCAAGCCUGACGGCACGGCAGGAUACCUAGGCAAGGACAGCGAGACGCACAAGUGGUGGUGGGGGGAGUACGAGAACUGGCAGAAAGAAAGGGUGAAUCAGAACGAGGCUGGACUGCUUGCAACCGUCAGCAAGUACGCGGCUGCCGAGAAUGGAGAAGACAAUGAGGAGAUGAAGGCCGUAGGAGGCGGCGCGCAGGACUUUGCGAAGAAGUGGAAGGAUGGGAAGGAGGCUGAUGAGCAGAACGGCGGGGGCGCGUUUCCACAGUUGCAGAGGAAGGUUGAGAGGGGGCACGGUCCUGUUGUGCGUGGGAGAGGAAGGGGAAGGGGCGAAGGAUGGAGUAUCAUGGAGGCUUGAUUGCAUAGCAGGGCGUCUUGGAGUUGCGGUGGAGGAAAAUACCCCUGAGUUGUGGAAGGGCCA